AUGGACGACGAGAAAACGCUUUCUGUAGGCUGGGCCAAUGAGAGCAAGCUCUCGGCCGUAGUAAAGCGUCACUUCUCCGAGCCUCUGCAACCCGACAGCAAGGCCCUCACGACCCCGUCUGCUGAAGGCUCGCUUUCGCCUUCGUCGCUAAUGAACACCCAGAUUAAAUGUAACUGGUGUUCCAAGAAUUUUGCUGCUCCCGAGAAGGGGGCCAAAUCCGCCUACGAGGCCCUGGACAAGCACUUGGCUGCCGACCAUCCAGACCAACAGUCUGCCGCCAGUCUCUCGUCCUUUGACGGCGGUGCCGAUGAGCUUGUCGAUGAAGCCAUUGAGGCUGAUGACGAAGUCAAUGACCAUGAGAGCCCUCUUGACGCAAACACCGCCAUCCCAACUGCCUCUGCCACUGACAUUGACGACCUGACCCCGGAGGUCGAUAGCCUUCCUGUCCUAGCGACGGAAGCAAACAAAGACCUUCAUACUAAGUUGCACGACGUCGCUCGUCAGAAGAGACAUGAUUUUCUCGAAGAACGUCUUAAUGCAUCCUGGAACAUCCACGAUGCGUCUGAAUUUAGUACGGAUUAUGACGAGGAAACGGCCAACCUCGAGCACAUGUGGGAUAGUGUUUAUCACCAGAAAAAGACUCUUAACAAGAAUGGCACCACUAACAUCCCGCGCCGCCCUGAUCCGUACCUAUCUAGCAAGACAGACAAGGGAGAAUUUCUCAAAUUGACCGCCGCCGAGGAAUUCCUUGAGCCUCUCAAGAAUUUCGAGUCGUUGCCUACUGAUGAACUGCAUGCCAUGGCUGCAAACAUCGCCCAUGCCCUCAAAUCAUGGCAAGAUGAAUGGCUAGCCAUCGAGAAACUUGGCAAGGUUGUCAGUGGACGAUCUGCCAAAAAGUCGGCCAACCCACGUGCUCUUGACCCUCCAGAGGUAUUCCGAGACAAGAGAGAAGCCACUCUCUAUGGCUACAAGUAUGACCCGACCAUACACGAUCCCAAGAAACGCGACCCAAAGAAGGAUUCUCUUUUCAGAGUUCAAGACCCCUGGAUGCAAGGUGGCUUUCGACCUACCGCCGCGCAACUGCGGAAGAUGCAGGCUGAGGCUGGCAAUAACAAUCCUAAUCCCGACGGAUUUAAAACGAUGCAAAAGUUUGGCCAAGAAUGGGUCCCGCGAUUUCAAGACCCGCCGUUGAAUGCUUUUGGAGGGGCGGCGGCUAGGAAGCGCAAGCUUCCUCAGAGUGAAGUCGCUGCUCUCAAACAAAUGAGUGGAAACGACAGCGCCACGCCGGCUGGCGAUUCAGACGCUGAUGGCCAGCCUUAUAAGCGGGUAACGCGGUCUAUCAGGGUUGUUGACUCUCCGCAGGCGAGAACUGCACCUCCUAGUCCAAGCUCACGAGGUCGUGGCCGUGGUGGCCGUGGCGGCCGCGGUCGAGGAGGGGCCUCUAGAGUCAUUCAAGCCGGUCACAGUAACCUGGCUUAUAUCGCUUCUUCAACUGGCGUCGCGGAAUCGCAGGCCGACACCACAGUGUCAAAUAACACCCUGGAGGUCGGGUCGGCACGCUCGCGGACCAUGACAUCUACACCUCCUUCAGAAACGCCAACGCCCAGAGAUGUCUCGGUGGUUUCCGGUCAAGGACCAGCUAACAUAGCCCCUGCUCCAAAGCCGGCCCUGGCUCCUGCAACUCCUGGGGCGCCUCCAGCACUGGCAGCGCUCCCUCCGAACCUUGUCCAGCCAGGCGAAGUCGUGGACACCGAUGAGCUCAACCGCCGGCGGUUGAUUGCCAAGUCCAAGAAUCCAAGAAGGACCCAAGCCAUGUUGGAUCACUGGAAACGGUUCAACAGUGAAGGUCGAACCAGAAAUCCAAAGCGGACAAAAGCGCAGAUAGAAGCAGACAAGCGCGCGGAAAAUGAACGAAGAGCACAUGACCCUCCAAAGGAGCCUACGAAAAUCCGCAAGCGCAAGGGGACAAGCAUGACCUCCACAGAGGAUGCAGCUAUGAAUCAAGCCAUGGCGAGUUCGUCUACAACAAUGUCUCUUCAGCCAGCUCCUAUCCAGCCAGCGGUUGGUCCACCUCCGAUGUCCAGUACUGCGCCUCCCCCGGCAACCAUGUCUCUUCCUCCCCCAAACUUUUCUUCCGCACCUCCUGCGCCUCUGUCUCCCCAGAGGCUCCCUCAUCAGCUCCCUCCUCACAACCAGGUUCCUCAGCCUUCACAUCCGUCGCGCCCUCUCCCAUCGGUCUUGCCCAGUAUCGAGAACAGCGUGGGACAUCCUCCGUGGGCCCAUCCGCCACCCCAUCCAUCUCAACCGCCACGAUACUAUCAAUACCCUCUACCUAAUAUGCUGCCUGGGUAUACUCCAUACUCGCAGCCACAAUUUCAGCCUCCUCCUCCACCCCAUGGAGGGUUUCCACAUCCUCGCCACGACGCCGCUCCUCCACCCGAAAACAGGCUGCCAAACCCUCCUUAUGGGUAUGAUACUCGUGGGCCUCCGCAUCUUCACAAUGGGCCGCAUAUGCCACAACCCCAGGGCGAGAGACGUCCGUGA